AUGGAGUACAGAUUCAGGAAUGCGCUCGAUCUGCUCCGCGGCAUGAACAACUUUGUUCAAAACAACAUCGAGAAGUCUCAAGAUCAACUUGGGCUACUGGGUCGGGAUGUACGUGGUGAUCGGACUUCAUGGAAAAUGUCCCGCCUAGCUGAAUAUGCUAUUCAUAGUCACAUGGAAGACCGAGAGGCCGUGGCCGAGUUAUGCAACAAACUUGGCAUAGAUCCUCAAGAGACAGAGGAGUCGUUUAAAGUUCUUGUCAACAAUAUUCGCUCUGCUCUUCCAAGCGUGCAGGUCUCCGCCGCCAAGCUAUGGGUGAUAAUGAUAUACAGGUGUCGCCCUUACUUUGCUAGUCAUACGCACGAGCAAACACUCUUAGAGACUGUUGAAGAGGUUGCUCUGGGCCCACGCACAUCGCUAGUUGUUCGAGAUCGGCUGGUCGAAGCGGUUGGGGCUUCGGUAUUCUUAUUAAAGGAUGCAGAAACUCUCGGGCCUUACCGGUCAACUUGGACAAAACUCAGGCAAAGUCUUGAAUUGACAUAUCCUGAUGAAGGCAUAGUCAUUAUCGAUGAAGACCAAAUAAUUUCUGCCAAGUCCUUCAUAGCCCCCUCCGCCCCGUCACGAUCCCCGUCAAGUGGACCUUCCAGUCACAAUAGCAUCGAUGAUUCAAGCAGCGCUGGUUCCAAACAGGACACUGGACAGGUAGCAACAGAUGGAUCGACAGACCAAGAAAAUGAACAAUGUUUAACAAGGUCUCCUGCUAUGGGAAACGAACCCGGCCCUAGAACAUCCGGCCCGGUGGGUGAUGUGAAGUGGCUCUUUGAGGAAUGCGAGAGCGCUCGUGGCAACUGCCGGAUCCUGUCCGAGUCACUUCUACACACUACUUUGGACAGUAUCCUGAAGGAUCCAUUGAUAAAGGAGUUUCGAGAAAGCACUAUGACGUCAAAAGAAAUCAUUGACGCUCAUAUCGAAACGGCCACCGUCAGCGCAGGCAGCGCUCGUGCGAAGCGAUCGUCGAAUGACUCGAGUAACUCAGCCACCAGGUCAGCCGAGGAGCAGCUGCUACAAGCCCUUGUCACCACCCAAGCGGAGAUAAAGUAUACAUUGCAGAGCUAUGACGAACUUGCAGAGCUGGCGAACUCGAGCAGCCCAGUAAACACAGAAGAUCCUCCUAUCAGCAGGCAAAUGUCUGGAGCCGAUGUCCUGCUUCGGCUGAUCGAUCAUGGUUGUAAAGACCUAUCAGAUAGUGCCGAUAUUUCCAGCUUUGGAGAAUACCCCAUCUCCACUGGGGGAUUCAGCGAUGUGUACUGCGGGCGGAUGUUGGACGGCACGAAAGUAGCCAUGAAGUUGUUACGAGUAUCAGUACACAGUCUUGGUCAAAACCCAAAGCACCUCAAGCACGCCGCGAGGGAGCUCCAUACAUGGAGUAAAUGCGAUCACCCGAACGUGGCUCCACUUCUUGGCCUGCUGGUCUUCCGAGGUCGCAUAGGAAUGAUAUCCCCUUGGAUGGGUAAAGGCAGUCUAUCUAACUUCCUGGCGAAAACACCGGAGGUUGACCGACAAAGUCUGUGUGUACAGAUCUGCGAGGGGCUAUCUUACCUGCAUGAGAUCGGUAUCGUUCAUGGUGAUAUGAAGGGGCCCAACGUGCUUAUCGCGGACGACGGUACUGCAGUGUUGAGCGACUUUGGAAACGCGUUUCUGAAGGAUCAGACGAUGAAGUUCACGCCGACUACGAGUGCGAGCGGAAUGUCAAUUCGUUGGUCGGCACCUGAGAUCAUCAAUGGAGAAAGGCCAUCUAAGGCAUCGGAUGUAUAUGCACUAGGAACGACUAUCUACGAGGUUAUAUCUGGGAGGCUCCCAUACGAGAGGCAAUCAGAUAUUGCCAUCAUGUUCGUAGUGACCGUACGGAAAGCACUCCCAGAAAGACCCGAGUGCUUGCUCAUGGGCCAUAAUGAGGCAGAAAAGCUAUGGAAGCUGUUGUUACGUUGCUGGUCUGAGCAGGAAGCACGUCCUACUGCAGCGGAAGUUGCAAGAGAGAUGAAGACAAUUGCCCUGGAUAACCUACCAACGCCACCGCCACGCCCAAUAUCCCCGAGCUACGAGUUUCCGCGCCGGGAUUGA